AUGGUGAGGACACGAGGAAAUAUAUCUAGACGUGGUUCAAAUGAUGCACCCGAGAGUUCCAGACACGGUGCUGCACGAAAGAGACCGACAGCAUCGGCUCGUAGAAGGGGUCAGCAUGAGGCUAAUGUCGUUGAGGAUGACAUUGUUGAGAAUGAGGUUCCUGGCGUUCAUCGGGAGGACGAGCAGGUCAUUUAUAACGAUGGUGGAGAAUUUCCUGGUGGGCCGUAUGAUACAUCUUUAUUGACGCAGUACCAGGAUCAUGUUGCACGCAUGAUAUGGGAUGGUCAGGAUCGAGCUGUGAAAGUGGUCUCCCAUAUUAAAAAAGUUAAGAAAUUAGGACGUCCUCACCCUGCUGUUGCACCUUUUGUGUUAGCUUCUGGAUUAUUGCCUUUGUGCGAUAUUUUAUAUGAAUAUAUCGAUCUUGGGUUAGUAUUGGGUUUCGUGGAGAGAUGGCAUCCCGAGACUAAUACUUUUCAUUUACCCAUUGGGGAGAUGACCAUCACUUUGGAUGACGUAUCGUCACUUCUCCAUCUUUCCAUCAGUGGAAACUUUUGCUCCACUGAAAAUCUGGAAUAUGAAGAUUCUGUUCAGAUUUUGACGACACUUCUUGGUGUUGACCGGGCCAUGGCAUGUGUGGAGCUGAAUCAAAGUCGGGGUGCACAGGUCCGACUGAGCUGGUUGAGAGACUUGUAUCACAGCUGUUGUGAAAACGAGCUAUGGGAGUUUGCUGCACGUGCAUAUCUUUUGCACCUUGUAGGGUGCACUAUAUUUGCUAACAAAAGCGCCACCUAUGUUCGUACACAUUAUCUCGAGCUAUUUAGAGAUCUUUCCACAUGUCGUACAUAUGGUUGGGGAGUUGCUGCUCUUGUCCACUUAUAUGAGCAGCUAGGAGAUGCCAGCUUUGCAAAUACAAAGCAAUUAGUUGGAUAUCUACCUCUUCUGCAGGCUUGGAUAUACGAGCACUUCCCUACAUUGGGAAGGAAGCAAGUACGGGAUACAUAUGUGGAGACCGAACCCCGUGCUCUACGUUAUGUCACUGGACGCGCCAUUUCCGCUAUAGCUGAUGUUAGAGUCCAGUUGGAUGGCUUGACAUAUGAUGGGAUGAUUUGGAACCCAUAUGUAGCACACAGAGCUACACGACAACUAGUAACACAUAGCAUGUUUUCUGGCUUCCUGAGGGUUGGGACCGUCGUACAACGUCAUUUGCCUGAGCGUGUGUUGCGACAAUUUGGCUUCAUCCAGCCUAUUCCACGACCGCCUAGUUCGGUUCCCAUGAUGGACUUUGAGCCUAACGCAGUUACUUAG